CCGCGGUAAUCCAAUGUUAUAUUUCCACUGACCAGAGAGUUCUUUUUAACAAACCCUAUAUAUAUUUGUGCUUAAUCCCGCUGGCAAGCUCUCCCACUCGGAAAAUAUCGUACGGAUUCAGCAAAGUACUCCACUGCCUACGCCCCUCAGUCUCAUUUGACACUCCACAUCGGACAGAGCCUGUGAAAUAUCACUUUUCCUAAUAAUUCUCAAGGCCGCUUCAAAUGCAGAUUACGAGAAACCGAGGGAACGCUGAACCAUCGGCUAACGAGUCGUUUUUACCGUGAUAAUUAUAUGGAAUAUCGAUAAUGAAUCCAUCCGAAUCCCAGCAAAAUUUACUAAGCAAUGAGACGCGAGCACCGUCGGUUGCUUCGCUGCAGCCGCCAACCGAAUACUCCCUCGGUUCGAUAGAGAAACACUUUUUGUUGAGCGCUGAACGAGGUGACUGUGCUACGGUUAAAAGACUCCUCGAGGAGCACAAGGACCAUCCAGAGUUGCUCAACAUCAACUGCGUCGAUCCUUUGAAUAGAUCUGCACUGAUUGCCGCGAUAGAGAAUGAGAAUAUCGAAUUAAUCCGGCUGCUUUUGGAGUUGGGAAUUCAAGUCAAGGACGCGCUUUUACACGCGAUUAAAGAGGAGUACGUCGAAGCUGUAGAAAUAUUGCUGGAAUGGGAGGAAAGAACGCAUGUGGCUGGUCAGCCUUACAGCUGGGAGGCCGUGGACAGAUCCUCGUCAAACUUCACCCCAGAUAUAACACCCCUGAUACUGGCAGCGCACAAAAACAAUUACGAAAUAUUAAAAAUCCUCUUAGAUCGAGGAGCGACUUUACCGACACCCCACGAUGCUCGAUGCGGAUGCGACGAGUGCGUGGUUUCCAGCGAGCAGGACUCGCUGAGGCACUCGCAGUCGAGAAUAAACGCCUACAGAGCCCUGACUUCAUCUUCAUUGAUAGCACUCUCGUCCAGAGACCCGCUGCUAACGGCGUUCGAAUUGUCCUGGGAACUGAGGCGACUCAGUCGAAUGGAGCAGGAGUUUCGUUCUGAAUACAACGAAAUGAGAGAGCUCUGUCAAACUUUCGCCACCUCUCUGCUGGACCACGCGAGGACGUCGCACGAGUUGGAAGUAAUGCUGAACUACAAUCCAACCGGUGAGAAUUGGGAACCUGGUGAAAGACAGACUCUGGAUCGCCUGAAGCUCGCUAUAAAGUACAAGCAGAAACAGUUCGUAGCUCAUCCUAACGUCCAGCAAUUGUUGGCUGCAAUUUGGUACGACGGAUUACCCGGUUUCAGGAGAAAAAGUAUGAUCGGGCAGCUGAUCGAGGUUGGUAAACUGGGCGCUAUGUUCCCGGUUUACAGUUCGAUAUACAUGAUGUCGCCAACGUCGAAAAUGGGACUCUUCAUGAAAAAACCAUUCGUCAAAUUCAUAUGCCACUCUUCUUCCUACGCAUUUUUUCUCAUGCUACUGGGCAUGGCUUCGCAGCGGGUCGAAUACCUGGCUAUCGAAUUAUUCGGCAACGCUUGGAUGCGAGAAAUUUUAGCAGGUUGGAAGCGUAGAGAACGUGGCUGUAUUCCGGGAUUCGUCGAAUCUGGAGUUAUCAUAUACAUCAUAAGUUUACUUUUCGGCGAGAUGAAAUCCUUGUGGUCCGACGGCCUCCUGGAGUACGUAUCCGAUCUCUGGAACAUAGUAGACUUUGUCCAAAACGUUUUUUACGUUAUAUGGAUAAGUUUAAGACUCACGGCAUGGUUCGUCGUUCAGAGAGAAUAUUGGAACGGCAGCGAUCCGUGGUACCCACGUGAUCAGUGGGACGCUUUCGAUCCGAUGCUUCUUUCGGAAGGAGCUUUCGCAGCAGGGAUGAUAUUCAGUUUCUUGAAGCUCGUCCACAUAUUCAGCGUAAAUCCCCACCUCGGACCUCUCCAGAUAUCUUUGGGCAGAAUGAUAAUCGAUAUCAUAAAAUUCUUCUUUAUUUACACCCUCGUGCUCUUCGCUUUUGGAUGCGGCAUGAAUCAAUUGAUGUGGUACUACGCCGACUUGGAGAAAAUGAAGUGUUACCAUUUACCUAGCGGGCUACCGGACUUCGACAAUCAGGAAAAGGCUUGUUCGAUAUGGAGACGAUUUGCCAACCUAUUCGAAACCUCUCAGUCUCUCUUUUGGGCCAGUUUCGGGAUGGUCGAUUUGAUGUCCUUCGACCUAACUGGCAUCAAAAGUUUCACUCGAUUCUGGGCUCUGCUGAUGUUCGGCUCGUAUUCCGUGAUAAACGUAAUCGUUCUACUGAAUAUGCUUAUCGCCAUGAUGUCCAACUCCUAUCAAAUAAUAUCUGAAAGAGCCGAUACCGAAUGGAAAUUUGCCAGAAGUCACUUGUGGAUGAGUUACUUCGAGGAGGGUGAUACCGUCCCACCACCUUUCAACAUGAUCCCGACCAGCAAAUCCUUCAACAAAGUCCUUGCUUGCGGUAACAAAGGUCGUCCAACCAGAUCGAUCAUAAAAAAAUCGCGAGAAAAGGCACUGGCCAGACACGAUACCGUGAUGCGUCUCUUGAUCCGUCGCUACGUAACUGCCGAGCAGCGAAAACGUGACGAUUUUGGAAUAACGGAGGACGACGUGAUGGAAAUUCGACAGGACAUAUCCACCCUUCGUUACGAGCUCAUCGAUAUUCUCAGGCAAAACGGAAUGCGAACGCCGGAGAUCGACAAGCAGGAAGCAGCGCUUUCUGGAAAGAAAGGACGAGUGAUGGAGCGCCGUUUGCAGAAGGACUUCCAGAUCGGAAUCGUCGAGGGUAUCGUUAACGCGGUGAUAACGAGCGAGAAGGAGCCGAAAGACGUCUUCAGCCAGAUAGCCCGAGCGAUCGGCAAGCGAAGCAGCGCGACAAGCAAAAAGGACUGGAACGCUGUGGUCAGGCAAAACACAAUUGCCCGCGAUCCGAUCGGCAGUACGAACGAAGCUUUCAUAAGACAGUCGAGGAGAAGCUUGCGACGACAUCUUUCAAACUUCCCAGACUCGGACUUGGCAUCGAUGGACCCGGAACGUCUACUGGAGUACAAUCCGAAUCUGAGCGUAGUUUCCCCAACGACGCGAAUCGCCUACGCGAAGUUCAUCAUGAGCCGGAUAAAGAACGACGAGAAGGUCGUGCAAAGCGGGGAAGGAGCUUCGAACAGCGCGAACGCGUCCCGAAGAUCAAGCACAAGAGCGAGAAGCAACGAACCGUUGCAGAGGCAGCCAACGGCGACACCUUCGCUGGCCGGAUCGUUGUCAGAAUCGAUAAGAAAGGGUAUGAUAAAAGGCAUGAGUACAAACAGCUUUGAUAAAGCGGGAGAAGCAGGUGCAGGAUUGGAGGUGAAGGGAACUGAGCACCGAUCGCCAACACCGAUACCGGAAGAUCCAUCCGAGGAGGACGCAGCCAGGAAUAAAUCCAGCGGCUCACCGCCAAACCCAAAACCUGAUUCAAGCUCGAACGCGGCACCGGAUGAGAGGGCAAAGAAAGACGAGGAGGAAACUAAAAGGCCGGGGAAUGAUUCCGGCAAAGAAAAUAAAUCCGAAGAGGCGCCGAAGGCCGGCUCGACUUCUAAGGCUAAGGAAACGGCGAAAUCACCGUCGGUUGCCGCGGAACCGGAAUCUGGUCCACCGAUAGCCACAACGAAACUUCGAGGAAAGUCGAAAGCGACCGGACAGAUGAUGGGCGGAUGGAUAUAAUAAUUUCAUAGAUAUAUCGAGUGAUUCUGGAAUAACCGAUUCUCAACGUUGUUCAAUUUGUCAACUGGUCAUAGUUAUUAUAUAUGUAUACAUAUGUGUCAAAA